GGCGGCAUAACAGGCGGGAUCGAGAUCUGCAUCACAUUCCCCACGGAGUACGUCAAGACGCAACUGCAACUGGACGAGAAGAAGGGGGUAACGAGGAGGUACAAAGGAAUUGUUGACUGUGUGAGAGUGACCGUCAGGGAACAUGGAGUCAAGGGUUUGUAUCGAGGACUAAGUGUCCUUCUCUAUGGCUCCAUCCCUAAAUCCGCCGUCAGGUUUGGCUCGUUUGAAGAGUUCAAAAAAAGAAACGUCGGACCCGAUGGGAACCUGACAGCUCAGAGAAAAUUUCUAUGUGGACUAGCAGGAGCCGGCAUAAGCGAGGCCAUUCUGGUGGUUACCCCGAUGGAGACCGUCAAAGUGAAGUUCAUCCACGAUCAAACCCUAGACAGGCCUCAGUACAGAGGGUUCUUCCACGGCGUCAGGGAGAUUAUCAAGCAGAACGGCUUAAGAGGAUGUUAUCAAGGUCUGACGGCUACUAUGAUGAAACAAGGGACCAAUCAAGCAAUAAGAUUUUUUGUCGUGGAGUCGUUGAAAGAGUUGUACAGAGGCGAUGCUCACUCGAGCACUCCAGUGUCCAAACUUUGGACAGGUCUGUUCGGAGCAAUCGCUGGAGCCUGUUCAGUUUUUGGCAACACCCCUCUCGAUGUCGUCAAGACAAGAAUGCAGGGAUUAGAAGCUCACAAAUACAAACACACCUUUGACUGUGCAGUUCAAAUUAUGAAACACGAAGGACCUAGGGCGUUUUAUAAAGGUACCAUCCCUCGAUUGAGUAGGGUCUGCUUGGAUGUGGGCAUCACGUUCAUGAUUUACGAUUCUUUCAUGGAGUUCUUCAACAAACUUUGGACAACAACGUGA